GGGUCACCCCUUCUGGAAUCCGGCUCUGCACAGGGUCUACAAAGGAGCGAGUACCCUGCGGCGGCGGAACGGACUUUGCGGGCCUCGGGGAUGUGUUUCUGGAACGGACACGGGAAAGGAAGUGUGCUGCGUCGAGGGUUCCCGCCCCCAGCUGCCGCCGGGACAUUUCUAAGGGGUUCACGGUCGGGCUGCCCGAAGUGGACCAAAGCUUUUGGGUCUCUGGUGACCGGCGGAGGCGGCCCCGGGUUCCCGGCCUCCUUUUUUUUUUCAGGAGGCGGCCGGGACGGACUGACCUUGGCCACUGCCAUUUGCAGUUUGCAGCCCAGGGUCGGAGCCGAUGACGGUCUGGGCCGCCGCCAGCCUCGGCAGGGCUGCGGCCCGCUGCUUGCGGGUGAGAGGCCCCGGGGUCCGGGCUGCUCCCCUGCACUCGCCCCCACCCUCUCAGCCCGAGCCCCGGGGCGGCAGCUUGGCUCUGGGCAGGACGCUGCACCUCACUGCGGCGGUCGCCGCCGGACACAACAAGUGGUCCAAAGUUCGGCACAUCAAGGGUCCCAAGGACACCGAGAGGAGUCGCAUCUUUAGCAAGCUCAGUCUGAGCAUCCGCCUGGCGGUUAAAGAGGGAGGCCCCAACCCUGAGCUCAACAGCCACUUGGCCAACAUCUUGGAGGUAUGUCGCAGUAAGCACAUGCCCAAGUCGACGAUUGAGGCAGCGCUGAAAAUGGAGAAGACCAAAGACAUUUAUUUGCUGUAUGAGGGUCGAGGCCCUGGUGGCUCUUCUCUGCUCAUUGAGGCAUUAUCUAGCAGUGGCUCCAAGUGCCAUUCGGACAUCAGACAUAUCUUGAACAAGAAUGGGGGAAUGAUGGCUGAAGGAGCUUGUCACUCCUUUGACAAAAAGGGAGUGGUCGUGGUUGGAGUGGAGGACAGAGAGAAGAAAGCUGUGAACCUAGAGCAUGCCCUGGAGCUCGCAAUCGAAGCAGGAGCUGAGGAUGUCAAGGAAAUGAAGGAUGGAGAGGACAAGAGCAUUUUUAAAGUGAGGAUGAAGCCUUCAUGUUUGGUGGGCUUCCGAAGGGACCCUAAUGGACAUGUAAAGGCACGUCUCUCUUGGUUUCUUCCUUCCCAUGCCCCUCAAUACAGUUUAUUUGUGAUGCCUCUUCACUGCAUCAAGUGCGGAAGAAACUGGAUUCCCUGGGCUUGCAUUCUGUGUCCUGUAUGCUAGAAUUCAUCCCCAAUACAAAGGUGCGGCUGGCAGACCCUGACCUGGAGCAGGCCUCCCAGCUCAUCCAGGCUCUCUGCAACCACGAGGACGUGAUCCAGGUCUACGACAACAUUGAAUAACCAGGCUCUACCUGUCUGGUUUCCUUCCUGUGCAAGUUGGUUCUGGUACAUAGGCUUCUGUAGCAUCCUCUGAGACUGAAGCAAGUGGGAGACUGAUCAGGUUAGGAGGUAUAAGGCCAGGGCCUAUAACCUUGAGGCCAAGGGAAUCCUCACCCCUCUGUGGGGCCUCUUUAGCUCUACUGGGUCUCAGAGCCCUCCUGAAUAAGCCCCAGAGGCCCUCUGGAUGCAUGGUGGGGCCAGCCAGCUAGUCAGACUCUGAUCAGCAAGUUGACCCUUGUGGGGACUGUAGAUACUCUGAGGGCCCAUGUACUAGAAACUGCUUUUAAAUAAUAACAGUGAUUGAUCUUGGUUGCUGUAUUGCUGUUAUUUGGUUCUUGAAUUUUCCUGGGUUUAUGUCCAGCUGUUGGGAGCCUGUUGACUUCCUUUCAAGUCUAUAGGCUCAGUUCCACUACUCCAAUCCUAGGAUUGCUGUUUGUGUUUUGAUUGGCUGUAGAAAUGUAGCUCUCUCUCUGUUUCUUUGCUCAUCUAAUGGCCUAAACCUGUCAUUCAUUCCUGCAGCCAAUAUUUAUUGAACACCUACUCUGUACCAGGAGCUGUACUUGUCUAUAACUCCAGCUCUUCAACUGCUGCCAUCGUCAGUCCUGCCCCAAGACAGGACCUCAGAGGCAAGACACAGGACUGCCUCCCCUAGAGCUGCACCAGGGCAGCAUGAGCUGCUCUGCAUGCAUCCAUGUUCUCUGGGUGGCCUCUGUGCCCUUCUUCCACCAGAGAGUUUAGGCUCCAGCCUGGUGGGAAAUCAAAUGCCAGUGGUAAAGGCCUCCCUGGGCCCUGCUUUGCCCAGGCUCCAGUGUAUUCUGAGAUUGGUCAGGAUGGACCUGUCAGCAAAUUGGACUGGUCUUGGGAAGGGCUACACAACACUGGGUUUGAAAGCUGUAUGGUCCCCAGAGUGCCUAAUCCUAGCUCCUCCUCAUCUCUGAUGCCUGAUGAUCGGUCACUGGGAGCUGGAGAGGAAACAAGAAUAGAGGGAAGGGCAAGUGGCUGUCAGAAGCCUGGCCAAAUGGGAAACAGGGCCCGUGUUGCGUUUCACUCCUAGUAGUCACUGGAUUUACAGACGCCUGUUAUUCAUCUACUUGAGGUUGUUUGGGCCAUUCGUAAGCUCAGGGUAAUUUUUCCUGAAGGAGCCUCAGGUAAAUGAGGUUGGAAAAGAGUUAAAACAAAAUUGGCUAUAAAUGAUAACUUCAGCUUCUGGAAAAAACAGAUGACUAAUUCCAUGAUUUCAGCAGCUGGAGAGUGAGGGUUAGGGGGGAAAUCAAUGAAAUAAUCCAUGAUCAUGCCAAAACCUUUGUUCUUAUACCUCCUUUCAUAACUACAAUACUACCUGGGAUGCCUUAGUUUUUGUAAGAGAUAACUCAUUGAAAUACCUGAAUUGAAAAUUACCUGCAGACUUCAGCAAUAGCACAUCACUAAUGUAAGGCAAUUUAAAGUUUAUAUGUUGCUUCAUAACUUAUAAGAUAUUUUCAUAUGUUAUUAUUAUUUGAUUUUAACAACAAACCUAUAAAAUAGACAGGCCAAGUAUUUUCCGCACAGGUGAUCUUAUACCAAGCAGGUGAAAACAGGUCUAAUACUGCAUCUUAUACGGAUAGACCAGUUGUUUAUAAAAUAGCUGUUUUGGAACUGUUGAAUUUAAAUUAAUUUGGAAAAAAUAUGAUCACUUGGCCUGUACUAAAGGAGGGGAAGUUGGCUACUUGAGUGAGUAGUCCUCUAAUCUAAUAGAUAUGAUUUGUUACCAUAGGUUGUUGUGUAACCAGUUUUCUUACAUCAAGGCGUACUUGAGGGUACUGCAGUCAGGUUUCUGUGAAGACGGCUCUGCACUGACCCCUGGUGGUGCCCCAUAGUUUUUCUUGAAGUUAUUAUGGGAAAGGCAGAAGUGAAACUGUACUUGAACCUCUUCUCCCUGUAGAUCUGGUGAGGUAACCCCUAGUUACAUAGGUUAGAAAUGGAACCCACUGACAAUUAAAUAAAGACGGUCACAUCUGUAUGAUGGGGUAUUUUGCUGCCACUAAAACUUAUUUUUCAAAGAAUAUAUCAUGCCAGAGAAAAUGUUUACAAUACAAUGUUAAGUGGGAAAAAAAGAUGUAAAACUAUAUUUAUAGUAUGGUCUAGAUUUUGAAAUACACACACACACACACACACACAUAUAUAUAUAUAAAUUUUAUAUAAGAUAUUGUAUAUAUGAAUUUUUUAAAAAAGGCUAGAAGGAAAUGUCCCAGAAUAUCUGAAAAUAUCUAAAUUAAUUGUCUCUGGGUAGUGAUGUUAAGACUGAGUUUAUAACAUAUAUUACUUCUAUCAGGGGAAAAAUUGUUUUAAAAAUUGUUUUAAAACAUUAUCAUCCAACUGAGGAGAAAGCAGCUGAGAGCCUGGGGAUCAGGCGUACCUUAGAGUCAGAAGAACGGGGGUCCAGUAUUGGCUUGCCUUUGCCUUAUCUUAGGUCAUUAUCUUAGCAACAUGGAAUCAUUCAAGGCCUUGAAGCCAGGCUUGGACUCACUUUUGAGUGUCCUUUCAGUGGUAUGGAGGUGUUUGUGACAGGCUCUGUCUGCAGCCUUGAUUCUUACAACAAGCGCUCAUGUAGUGUAGAGCCCCCUUCAGAAGCCAGGCUGAACCAAACCAGAACAGCCAAGGCUUUGCCCCCAACUGACUGUGGAAAUUCAACUCUGUGAUUGAGUCAUGUAUUUUUUUCCCCUCUAAAUCCUAUAGCAGUCAAUAAAUCUUCAAACUCUAGAGUCUAAGAGCCCCCAGUUCUUAGUUAGACUUUUAUUUGAAUCCCUGGGACUCCUCUGGAGUCAUUCUAAGAAGAAGAAAUAAAAGAGCAAGUAUAUCUGGCAAAAGAAGGGCUGUGACAAAUAGGACACCAGUGUUGCCUGAAAUCACUUUCUUUAUUUCAUGCCCAGCCAAUGAAUGGAAUAGCAGUUUUUGAUUGUUCCCCUUUGUAUCUUACUUUUUUUCUGUGCUAAAAAGUAACAGUUGUUUUUUAAAAAGUCAAAACUUACAGAAAUUUUUAACUAAUAAAAGUCCCAUCCUGUCCUCCCUCCUAAGAGAACCACCAUUAACGAACUAUUGUAUAUUUUACUCAUUUUGCUCUUUGGAGUCAGUCUGCUGAGGAACAAAUUCUGGCUCUGCAUUUGCUAGCAACCUUGGACACAAAUUUAACCUCUUUGCACCUGUUUUCUCAGCUGCAAAAUGGGGAUAAUAAUUGCACUCUAUUCUACAGGGCUGUUUUGAGAAUUAAGUAAGUAAAUAUAUGUUAAACACUUAAAACGGUGCCUGGCAAUGUAGUUGUUUAAUGAAUGUUGGCCUUUUUCCCAAGAAUGAAUGAGCAUUUUUAAAAAUGGAAAUGUGAUGACUCUAUACAUCUUUGCUUUAAACCUGCUUUUUUCCUUUUUUCACAUCAUUAUAUAUCAUGGACACUUUUUAGUACAAGAGAAAGGUCUACCUUGUUCUUUUCAGUAGCUACAUAGUAUUUCAUGUAUUAAUGUGCCAUAACUUAUUUAACCAGUCUUCCCUUGGUGGACAUUUGGAUUGUCUGUCUUACAAAAAUGCUGUAAUGAACAUUAUUUACCGUUGCUCCCUUGCAGAGUAUUCUUUAGGAUAAAUUUACAGAAGUGGAAUUUCAAAAUGAAAAAGCAGUUUUUUUCUUUAGAAGUAAAUAUCAAUAAUUCAUAAAACAUCAUGGUUGCAGAAAUCUAUGAGAUACACAUUAUUCUUUGGCAACUCAAACUAACUGGUUGAACUGGUAACCUGAAUAUAUUCUACUUUACCUCUGAAUUAAAAUAAUUUUCAUCAAAUCAGCUGGUA